CCUCCCUGUGGGCGGUUCAAGGUGGGGAUGGAGCCACUGAGAAAGGUCACUGUCUGCCUCCCAGGCAGACAGCGAGGGGGAAUCAGCCACCUGAAUUCAACAGAACCACCACUGAACCUGAAUUGUUUGAGACGUCGAACCGACAGCAGGACUGUAGCUCAGUUUUGAUGGCCCGGUACUGUUUUGAAUCCCAGAGCUUAGCUAUCAGGUUUUGAUAGGCAGAUUUGGGUUGUCUCUGCAGCACAGAUUGGCAGGUGUUUGGAAGCACCCAAAACUAAAUCUAUUUUUUGAUCAAAAUUGGGGGAAGAUUUGGGUUUGCUGCACCGGAUUUUGAAUCCCAGAGCUUAGCUCUCAGGUUUUGUCCCAUAUCUGAAGAUCUCUCGUGCCGUUAAAAGCCGGCCCUAUUAUUCGGCAGAUUUGGGUCGCCUCUGCAGCACAGGUUGGUCAGUGUUUGGGAGCACCAAAUGGUUUUCUGUUUCAUAAAUAUAUUUUUUUGAUGAAAAUUGGGGGAAGGUUUGGGUUUGCUGCACUGGAGAGCAAAGCACUAGUCCACAUGUUCCUGCUUUCGUGGUUGAGGAGAAAAGCAAUCAUCUAGCAUUCCUAUUCCAACAACCUUCUCUGGAUUUCGCCGGCUUCGCUCCCACGGAAUUUGUCACACAAUCCCGACAUUUCGCGCUCGCCCAACAAAGGACUGCGCAGAACCAGGAAAUGUUUGUAUCUUUUCUUGGGAUCGUGCUACUUUCUCUACGCAGUAAGUAUUUCUGGAACCUGAUAAGUUUAACAAUUCGUGGUGAGAUGAGGUUUUGAUGGAUUUUAUAUACAGUGGUACCUCGGGUAAAGUACUGCAGUCCUGUAUUCAAUGAGAUCCGAUCUUAAUCUGAAACUGUUCUUAACCUGAAUGCUGCAACUGUUAGUUUAUUGGGCCUCCUGCUGCUGCUGCUGCUGGAUGCACGAUUUCUGUUCUCAUCCUGAAGCAAAGUUCUUAACCUGAAGCACUAUUUCUGGGUUAGCGGAGUCUGUAACCUGAAGCGUAUGUAACCUGAGGUACCACUGUAUUGGUUCUGCUUUUAAGACUGCAUUCCUGAGAUCCCUUCUUAUGAAGUAAAGCAGCAUUGAAAAACAGUGAAACUUAUUUCUGAGUAAAUAUUUAUAGGAUUGUAGCGUGCAUGGAUGUUUUUUGAAUAAAAACAUGAGUAAAAUCGCCUGUCUUCACCAGCAAUGGACAAACCAUUCGGUUUUGCCUUCUUUCAGUUUGUCAUCCCUUCCCAAGAAACCUGCUUUCCGCCACAUCUCUGCAUCAAUUUGCAAAUGUUUGUUAAAAGGCUGUAUUGAAAUAUUUAUCCAUUUUCACAAGCAUUUCCCAUAAUAUAUACCUCCUUGUAUAACACAUGCAUAUUUGUGAACAAUUUUGCAAAAUAUGUGCAUUUUUGCAAGCAAUUUCCCAUAACAUAACGUAGCUUUGUUUUCGCAUUGUUUUCACUAAUAGCUGCACACUUUUGGGUUGGAGAACUACCCUGAAAUAUUCAGAGUAACGUGAAUUUUGUAGGAAUGCUGUGUUUCCAUCUGUUUAUGUUUUCAGGAAGCGCAAAUUAGGUUGGUUCCCAUUAAAAUGAAAGCUGAACAAACUUCCAUCCGAAACCUUCAGCAGAGUCUUGACAAAUAGCAAGAUGCGCUUCAAUUAAACGAUGAGUGCCAUUUCUUUUAACUUGGCAAAAAGAAACACAUAUUUAAUUCUAUAUAGUACAAUCUACUGAUUCAGUUUCAGUAAUCAGUAAAGCAUAUUUAUCUCUGCGCACAUUGAAUAAAUAUUUGAAGUUUCUUAUUUGGAACCUGGUUCAGGAACUUGAUUGACAUGUCUCCUUCCCAAAGGAGGGAAAAGGAGGUUGGUUUUCUUUUUGCAGCUCUCAGUUUAUAAAGUUUCUUAAGCUCAUUUGUUUGGCAGGGCAAUUGCUCCCCACAAGAAAUCUGCUUGGAAUUAGUUGCUAAUUGCUUAACACAAAAUUUGUGAUGCUAUGUGACACCCGCAGUGCAUCUCAUUUUAGGGGGUAAAACUUAAUUUUUGCAAAUUUCUUCAGUGAGGGGUUUUAAAACUAUGUUUUGGUGUGUGUGGAAUUCAAAUCUGCCAUUAUUUUUGUGACCGGACAACAUUUAGCUUGGUAAGGCUACGUUUGAUGAAGAAGCAUAUAAACUGCUUUCAGAAAACCAGAUAAUUUUAAUUUUUCCUUCUGGAAAUGUCAAGUAAUGCUAAAUUAACAGCAGCAGCAGCAAAUGAUUAAUAAUAAUAAAUAUAACUGCAAGUGCCUGGCAAUUAUUUUACUUACCAAGCAAAGCUAAAUUAUAUUAAUUUAACCUAAAUAUCUUUUGCAUUCUCAAGUUAUGUUACAACUUUUCAGCACCCCUCACUUUCGGAAGUUGAAAAAUUCAACACAUCUGACAGAAAUCAAUUUUUGUGUGUGCAUUCUUUUAUUGAGGUUUAGUAAUCCUGUAUCUUACCCCAUCAAGUGACAAUCCAGACAGGGGCAGGUAAAGGGGGAAGCAGCAAACAGGUCUGUCAUAUGCACCCUAUUUUAAAAUAAAUGUUUUAUAGUCAUGGGUUGGUCAUCUUGGUUUUCUAUUUAGUGGGACCAACCAAAUGGGACCAACCACACAUCCCUUUGCUUCCCUGUUGCAGCUGCUGGAUCACGGGGGAUCACCGAAAUCCCUCAGACGCUGGCAAGGCUCUCAGCAUCUCCUGGCGCCACUGUCAACAUCAGCUGCAACAUUCCAGAAGGGACUUUUGUGUCGGUAGUGAGCUGGUACAAAGAGGAACAUGAAGGGGGACUGCGUAGGAUUGCAGACAUUUAUACCACUCAAACACCAGGAGCAAAAACCCCAAGCCAAGUGAAUCUGACCCGACACAACGUCCAGGGAAGAGAUUCUGGGGUGUAUUACUGUGCUGGAGCUCUGGCUCAGAAAUUCACCUUCCUGUGUGGGGUGAGGCUGAUCGUCUUAGGUGAGUGGCUCAGCAGAUGUCAAAUGCUCUUGUUGUUUAUUUAAUAUAUACCCAGUCCACUUGCAAACCUGCCAUAGGCCCCUAGCAAGUUUCAAACAACAGCACACAAAUAACUGCCCAAUAUCUUCUCAAGUGAAGACCCACAAAAUAAUUGAGUUUCUCUGCAAUCUCCCCAACACCUUUUAGUUAAUCCUUUCAUAGCUUUGUUAUCUGCCGCACCUGCCUGCCUGCCUAGUUUCCUGCCGCAGAUAUAUUUAAAGACAUUUUUAUUUGUUUGUCCUAAUCUGUUAGAAGAAGAAGAAGAAGAAGAGUUUGGAUUUGAUAUCCCGCCUUUCACUCCCUUUAAGGAGUCUCAAAGCGGCUAACAUUCUCCUUUCCCUUCCUCCCCCACAACAAACACACUGUGAGGUGAGGGGGGCUGAGAGACUUCAGAGCAGUGUGACCAGCCCAAGGUCACCCAGCAGCUGCAUGUGGAGGAGCAGAGACGCGAACCCGGUUCCCCAGAUUAGGAGACUACCGCUCUUAACCACUACACCACACUGGCUCAAGCAAUCUGCUCCCCAAACCUUAUCUUCUGUUAAUUUUGCUUUGUGGGUCUCUCUCCACCCUGCUCCAAUCCAUGUCUGGACGAAGCUUCCACUUCUUUAAACAAGCUCUCUUGCCUUUUUUGUUUUUAGCUUUUGUGACGCUGCUGUAUAACCACGCUGGCAUCUUCAGUGGCAGGGGUGGGAAAUGUCAGGCCCAAGGUGUGUGAAUGUGGCCUCUAGGCUCCUCACUCUCAGGGCCUGGGCAGACCCCCACAGGACAUGUUCCCACAUCGACCAUGCCCUGCCCCCUUCAGGUCAACACCCCUCACUGUGUCUGUUCCACCCCCCAGUUUAAAUGCUUUCGCCUGGCUGAAAUGUGUCAUUGAACUGCGAUAACGCCUCUUGCUGGGUGGAGGAUGAAGACAGGGUUGCCAUAUUUCAGGAAUCCAGACACAAGAGUUGUUGACCUUUCCUUUCGCCAUGUUGCUGAGCUUUAAAACCACUUUCUGAGCCACCUUUUUACAAACUUCGGCAAAAAACCCCACAACCAAACCACUUCCAGAAUGGGUUGCCAUAUGCCUGGGUUUUCCCAAACAUUUGAAACAGCUGCAGAAAAUUGAUGCUUUCUUGAUCUGCGGAGUGUUUGUCUGAUUUUAUUUUGUGAUCAUGGUGAGCAGCCAGAAGCGAUCGUAUCUUAAGUGACUCGCCCUUUCAACUUCCUUUCAACAGACCCUCUCCAUUGUGACUGGUUUCCUCUCUCGAAAGUAAAAGUGGCUGCGCUUGACUUUGCGAGGGGCUUUUUCCCACUGACCUCUGUCUCCGCAGAACCACACAAACGUGUGGCACUUGAAGGGGACGCAUUGUGCAAUAAAAGAAAAGGAAAUAACGCCUUAUAAACACAGCAUCCGGUUUGAAAGUCCCGUUUAGUCCCAGCCCAGUAGAAAACCAGAUAAGUCUUUUGGGCCUGCUUAAAAUUUGCGAGAGAGGGGGGCAUGUGCCUGGUCUCCGUUGGCUUCCACAGUUGUGGGGGCCACCCACAAUUGAUGUUGCAGGUGGACAUCUGAAUGGCGCCUCUGAAAUAGAUUCUGAAGGGACUCUGGUCUGAAACCACUUGGAGCCAGUGUGAAGCUCCCAUUCUCAUUUUUCCUGCUUUCACGGCCACCUGAGGCAAGAAAAACAAGAUGGCACCUUCUCCUUCCACAUACAGAAUCCAACUGGGUUGACAUUGGGAUUUCAUUUAAGCCCUGGACCCAAAACUGCCUGUCCCCCUGUGUGCAAGGCAGUCUGCCUUAGGAGACGGGGUGAGGGGAUGGCAGGGAGGGGGUUGCCUCCCCCCCAAUAUCUGCCAUCUGAGGGUAGCUGUGCCUCACUCUAGCAAAUUGUGAUCUCCAUUCUGGGACCUUCUGGUGCCGGGCAAGAAAUAAAUGUAUUAAUAUGACUAUUAAUACUAAUACAGUCCUACCUUGGAAGUCGAACGGAAUCCGUUCCGGAAGUCCAUUCGACUUCCAAAACGUUCGGAAACCAAAGCGCAGCUUCUGAUUGGCUGCAGGAAGCUCUUGCAGCCAAUUGGAAGCCGCAGAAGACCCAUCAGACGUUCGGGUUCCAAAAGAGCAUUCGAAAACCAAAACAGUCACUUCCGGGUUUGCGGCGUUCGGGACCCAAAACGUUUAAGAGCCAGUGUGGGGUAGUGGUUAAGAACGGUAGACUCGUAAUCUGGUGAACCAGGUUUGCGUCCCCGCUCCUCCACAUGCAGCUGCUGGGUGACCUUGGGCCAGUCACACUUCUCUGAAGUCUCUCAGCCCCACUCACCUCACAGAGUGUUUGUUGUGGGGGAGGAAGGGAAAGGAGACUGUUAGCCGCUUUGAGACUCCUUCGGGUAGUGAUAAAGCGGGAUAUCAAAUCCAAACUCUUCUCUUCUUCUUUGAGAACUAAGCUGUUCAAAAACCAAGGUAUGACUCUACUACUAGUAGAUAUUGAUAGGGCUAGGCUUAAUCAACUAUGGCUUAGAUUUAGAUUAUGGUCUGUAGCAUUUGCUUUAUUUAUUUAUUGCAUUUACACCCCCACAUUUUUCUUCAAGGAGCUCCAGGUAUUGCACUUGGUUCAGCUGCUCCUCACUGAUCCCCAAAGCAACCUGUGAGGGAGGCUAGGCUGAGACCGGCCCAAAGCGAGCUACCUGAGUGGGGAUUUGAACCCAGGUCUCUUCCAGGCCCUAGUCCAACACUCUAACUACUUCAGCGGUCGUUGGGAUGGCUGUUUAUUGGGUCUAGUUUGUUGAGGAGCCAUGUCACCCCCAUGAAACCUACGAGAGGGAUUAAGAUAACGAUCUGAUGAGCUAUUCUCAUGCGAUUCUCCUUCUCUCCUAGGGACUUCUGGGCCAAGACUUUCCCUCCUUGCUCCUUCCACUGCAGAAGACACGGAGCUCUCCCACCACCUUCCCCUCCUCUGCCUCCUGAUUGACGCAAACCCUGAUGAGGAUACUUUCUCCUGGGAUAUUGGUGGGGAAACCUCUCAGGACCGGAAGGAUGGUGACGUGAUCGAUGGGGAAGGAGCCUUCACCGUUUGGAGUCUGAAACUGAUUCCUCAAGAGAGAUGGAGCCAAGGGAUGGUUUAUUCAUGUUCAGACCAGGAGAAAAGAAACAUCAGUGCAGUGGUCCCUUCGAACGCAGCUUCUACAACCCAAGGUACCUUGUAACCAAAUAGCUGGUUCCGUUUAUAGCUUUUCCAUGGACUCCAUUUCCCUAAAUGGUGAGAAUUUGCAAGGGCACAUACCUUUCCUGUGGGGCCAUCAGGACAUGACUUUAUUGGGAUGUUGCAAAAGUCCUUAAGAUCAUAAGAAGUGUCUGCUGCCUCAGGCCAAAGGGGGGGCAUCUAGUCCAGCAUUCUGUCAUCACAGUGGCCAAACAGAUGCCCUAAGGGGAAACUAGUACAGUGGUAAAGGGACCCCUGACCUUUAGGUCCAGUCGUGGCCGACUCUGGGGUUGCAGCGCUCAUCUCGGUUUAUUGGCCGAGGGAGCCGGCGUACAGCUUCCGGGUCAUGUGGCCAGCAUGACUAAGCCGCUUCUGGAGAACCAGAGCAGCGCACGGAAACGCCGUUUACCUUCCCGCCGGAGCGGUACCUAUUUAUCUACUUGCACUUUGACGUGCUUUCGAACUGCUAGGUUGGCAGGAGCGGGGACUGAGCAACGGGAGCUCACCCCGUCGCAAGGAUUUGAACCGCCAACCUCCUGACCGGCAAGUCCUAGGCUCUGUGAUUUAACCCACAGUGCCACCCGUGUCCUGAUAGUACAGUGGUACCUCGGAGGUCUGUUCUUAACCUGAAACUGUUCUUAACCUGAAGCACCACUUUAGCUAAUGGGGCCUCCUGCUGCCAUUGCACCGCCGCUGCAUGAUUUCUGUUCUCAUCCUGAAGCAAAUUUCUUAACCCGAGGUACUAUUUCUGGGUUAGCGGAGUCUGUAACCUGAAGCGUCUGUAACCCGAGGUACCACUGUAGUUAGGAGCCGAACGCGAGAGCAACUCUCCCCUCCUGUGGUUUCCAGCAUUGCUGCUCCAACUGGGCAGACAGAGCAUAGCCACUGUGGCUAGUAGCCAUCAAUAGCCUUCUCUUCUGUGCAUUUGCCUAGUCCUCUUUCAUCAUCAUCAUCAUUUAUUGUUCAUACCCUGCCCAUCUGGCUGGGUUUCCCUAGCUACUCUACAUGGCUCCCAACAGAAUUUUAAAAACACGAUAAAACCUAAAACAUUGAAAACUUCCCUAAACGGGGCUGCCUUCAGAUGUCUUCUAAAAGUCAGAUAGUUGUUUAUUUCCUUGACAUCUGCUGGGAGGGCGUUCCACAGGGCGGGCACCACCACUGAUAAGGCCCUCUGCCUGGUUCCCUGUAAUCUCACUUCUCACAGGGAGGGAAUAAUAAUAAUAAUUUAUUAUUUUUACCCUGUCCAUCUGGCUGGGUUUCCCCAGCUACUCUAGGUGGCUCCCAACAAAAUAGUAAAAAAAGGAUAACACAUCAAACAUUAAAAGCUUCCCUAAACAGGGUUGCCUUCAGAUGUCUUCUAAAAGUCUGGUAGUUGUUCUUCUCUUUGACAUCUGGUGGAAGGGCGUUCCACAGGGCGGGCGCCACCACUAAUAAGGCCCUCUGCCUGGUUCCCUGUAGCUUAGCUUCUCGCAGUGAGGGAACCGCCAGAAGGCCCUCAGCGCUGGACCUCAGUGUCUGGGCAGAACGAUGGGGGUACAGACGAGGUAUACUGGGCUGAGGCUGUUUAGGGCUUUAAAGGUCAGCACCAACACUUUGAAUUGUGCUCGGAAACGUACUGGGAGCCAAUGUAGGUCUUUCAAGACCAGUGUUAGGAGGCCUCGGCGGCCGCUCCCAAUCACCAGUCUAGCUGCCGCAUUCUGGAUUAGUUGCAGUUUCCGGGUCACCUUCAAAGGUAGCCCCACGUAGAGCGCAUUGCAGUAGUCCAAGCGGGAGAUAACCAGAGCAUGCACCACUCUGGCGAGACAGUCUGUGGGCAGGUAGGGUCUCAGCCUGCGUACCAGAUGGAGCUGGUAGACAGCUACCCUGGACACAGAAUUGACCUGCGCCUCCAUGGACAGCUGUGAGCCCAAAAUGACUCCCCUUUUAAAGUGCUCCAAGUUGGUGGUCUUCCCUGCCUCUUGUGGAAGAGAGUUCCAUAGAUUAACUUGCUCUCCCCUUUGCCCUAGACUGAUCCCCCAGCCUCCACAGUCACUGACCCCCUUUUUCUUCCUCUCUCUUCCACCUCUCCUCUCGCAGAGGACUGCAGGAACAUAUUGCUGAUUGGGAUACCCUGUUUAGUCGUUGUCCUGCUGAUUCCCCCUUUGGUCCUGCUCUGCAGAAAACUUCGAUCUGGAGGUAAUGCCUUUGGGGAAUGAGCAGCGUCACGCGGAUCUGUUCCUCAGGUUUUCCUUCUGAUUAACAUUUCUUCUUCUUGUCCCUUUUCUCUUCCCAGGUAAUGUUGAUGCACCAGUAAAUCAACUGCCCAUGAGGGAGAUCCCACAGGUAAUUCACCAUCCCUGCAUAGUGAAGUUUUUAUUGAUUUAUAAAAAAUAUCUGUACACUGCUGUGUCAUAAAGAACAUAUAAAAGCAGUUUACAGUGAUAAAAUUUAGAACCGUAUAAUAAAAACCAUAAAAAGAAGUUGAAAACAGACAUUGUGAAAGGAUGUGCUCUUAAUUGCUGGCACAGUCCUAUUUUAUUUAUUUUAUUUUAAUUUAUUAUUAUUAUUAUUUAAGACCUUUAAAUGUCAUAAAUUACUAUUGUGCAACUAAGAAAAGAAAAAUAUUCUAGGGCUAACACCCUGAAUCUAGUGAAAAUGCUCCUUUUUUAAAAAAAAAAUGCAUUACUUUUCAAUAGUCAUAGCUUUGUAAUGUUGCUUUUGCAACGGAAAGUGCGUAAGGCUCACAAGGUGAAAAUGACUAAUAACCACAGGAAAACAAGAUCGCUUUAAAAAAAAUAAAAAUGUUAAAUUGGUCCAAGAAAAGCGGGGGGUGGGCGCUUUACUUUUACAAAUGUAGAAAAUAAAAAAACACUAAGUGGCCUCUGGCUUUUCCAUUUCCCCUUCUAGACCGAAUAUGCAGAAGUCCGUUGCAAGAAAUGAAAAGUCCCGUUCAAACCAAUCGAUACAGUCAAGUGGUUAAAAAAAGCAUGGUUUAUUAGAAGGAGAGACAGAAGGAAGAAAAUCAAAUCAAAGUUUAAUAUAUUUUCCUCCCCACUUGCUGAAUGUUGAUGCUUGUAUUAAACUUGAUGUUUCCUCCAUGAAUGUCCUCAUUCUCAAGAAUGUCCUCAUGUAUUGUGGCUCAGAGCAUCGGC